AUGUGUAUCUCAUCAUACAUGUUAAUACUCUCUCUUUCUCUUCUUUCUCAAGGUUUUCUAAUCUCAGUGUCAAAGUCUCUGCAAAAGGUAGAAGACGAAGAUAUGCUGCUGAGCACAUUCAGUCUAGGAAGAACUCGAAAUGGCGAUAGAAUAGAAAACAGAGGAGCUACACCUUUGCUCAAGCAUUAUAAGAAGAUUGAAGACAGUAGCUUUUUCGAUGAAGAGGAAGACAGAAACCCAAAGUUCUUUGUAAAUAUAGGUUCCAAACAUGAUUUCCUAAACUAAGGUAAGGCAAUCAACCUAGGUACAAAGCAGCUACCUUAUUUUGCACUGAAGGGAGCCAUGGCUUUUCCAGCUGACACUGAAAUUCAGAAUAUUGAAUCAAUACAGGAAAGAAGAGACAUCGAGGAUGAAGAAAAUUCAGCUAAAUUCCCUAUAGGAAGAAGAGAUUUUGACAUGCUCAGGUGUAUGUUGGGAAGAGUCUAUCGACCUUGUUGGCAAAUCUGA